CAAAAGAAAAUAAUCCAAAAUUUCGUCACCUCUUUUCGGUCGCUAAAGUGUUGUGGCUGUGCUUCAUCUUUUAUCGUCAAAUGAUACGCUUCUGUGCACUCGCAUCCGGUGCAUUGUUAGAAUCUAGUUAAGAUGGGAGGUCGCAAAUGUAUCGUCCCUGAUUGUGCGUCGACAGCGACCCGUCAGGAGGACCGUGGCGUCACGUUCCACAAGAUUCCGGCAAACAGAGCGGUAGCGAAGCAGUGGGUUAUAUCCUGUCAUCUGCCGGAAGGCUUUUCCCUCGACAAAAUCAGUAACGUGUGCAGCCGCCACUUCCGGAAAGCGGAUUUUCAGACGUUUAAGGGCAAAAAGUACGUGCUCAAGUUCGGCGCCGUUCCUUCGAUUUUCCCCUGGACCGCUCGAAGCGCUGGAUCAUCGCCGGAAACACAGGGGCCAUUGGAGAUAGAGACUGCUUCUGCGCCAAACAAGGUCAGCAAAUCGGACAAGAAAGAUGAGCAACCAGAUAACUGUAAGCACGAGGUUGGCGAUGAUGACGGUGAUACGGCGCCAGGAAAGGAAAGCACCGAACCGCAGGCUGCUGCGGUCGUGGUACCGACCCCUCAGAACCCCCCAACAAAUGCCGCUCGUAGCAAGAACAGCGGCAAAUUGAAACGCAAACCGGCAAUCCAACGGACAGGCAGUGCCCGUCGGUUCGUUGCAUCGUCGUCGAGAAAGAAACCACGCCGGGUAUCCAAAGCUGCUGCUGCCGUUUCCUCACCCAGGAAACAGACAUCCAAGAAAGCAUCUAUGGCGCGGAAGUCUAGCAGCCCGGAUGUGGCUAGUGCUGACGUGCUCCCUAGUGGUGGUGGAGCCGAGAAGCUUACCAGUUUCACGCCAGGGACGAAGAUCGAAGCACAGGACUUUAGCGGGCGAUGGCACACGGCCAGCUUGCUCGAGGUGGACACCGAGGAGCGCGAAGUUUUGGUCCAGUUCGAUAAGACGGACACAUCGAAAACUAUCCUCAACGACGAGUGGAUUCCGAUGGACAGUGUGCGGCUGCGGCCACUCACACAGCACGGCACUUUCAGCAUGGGGGACCGGGUGUUUGCCCGUUGGAGUGAUUCGCGUAAGUUUAAGGCCACCAUCAAGGGAGUGCUCGAGAACGAUAUGUACGAGGUUAUGUUCGAGGAUGGGUUCGCGAAGAUUUGCAAAUCUCAACACAUUAGCCGCAUCAAGCGUCCGCUAGAUACGAGCAUUCGGCAGGAACCGGAAGCGACCGAUAAAUCUUUUCCAGUACCGAUGGUGACGGUGAAAGUAGAAGCGACCGAAGGCGACGAACCGGCUCCACUUAUGUCACUGGCUCAGUUUCAAAUUCCGCAGGUGAUGACUUUGAGCGAACUUCCGGAGAUACCGCAGCAAGGCGAGUGGUGUUGCCACUGGUACAACGAUUACCCGGUAGGGGAGUCGGCCGAGUUGAACGUGAUCGGAGGGAAAAUAUGCUCGGUAGUGGUGCCCGACUGGCGUCUGCCGGAAGGAUGGACAAAGCACAUAUAUCAGCGUGUGACAGCCUUCGGACGUAUGGAGGUGGUACUGGUGAAUCCGAACGGAAAGCCGUUGCGAUCCCGGCAGGAGGUAAAACAGUAUCUUGCCGAAACAGGUGGCACGUACGACACUGCGACGUACGAUUUCGGAUUGCAUAAGAGGCGGGCCAAGGACCUCGGGUUCUAUCAGUACACACAGGCAUACAAGGACGCGUUCUUCUCGAAACCGGUGCCCGUGCCGGAGUUGACCAACACUGAAAUCAACAUCGGAUCGGUGCGCGUUAAGGUUAUCGACAACCUACUGCAGUGUCCCGAACCGGACUGUCUGAAAACGUUCCGGAAAGAGAACCACCUGCAGAUUCACAUCAAACACUAUCAUAAGGAGCUGGCGAAAGGCCUUGGAGAGAUACCAAAUAUGCAGGACCUGGCCACACUGCGAACGCCGGUCGAAAGUCUCGAUACUCCCAUCAAGAUUGUCCGCAGAUCCGCGGCCGGUGCACUAAAGACGCCUUCAGCUGCGAUAAAGGAAGACCGCAAGGAUGAAGCGUUACAGAUAAAGAGAGAACCGGGAUCGGAGGUUAAGGACGAAACAAAAUUGGCGGCCGAUCUGCACCGGUUGACCGGAGUGGCGAUCAAACAGGAACAGGAUCAUUCGAAUGAAGCCGCCGCCGGAUUUAUGGGUGACGUGUCGAUGCUUAAAUCCGAACCAUUCACCGGAGCGGAUCAAACCGGGAAGGGUACACCGGGCAGCGCUAGCGGCAGCACUUCGGCGUCCAACAAAUCAAGGACACAGAGCAAGCUGGCAAAGAUUAAGCUGUUUCCGUUGAAAAAGGAGCGACGCUCAAGCAGCAACAAGGUGCGCCGGGGAAUCGUACAAAAGAGAGCCUCGGCAAAACGGGACAACAAACGCGCCAAACAGGUGGCCCAACGCUCGUUUCUCAAUCGUCCGUUGCUGCCGCCGGAAGAGCCGGAAAGCGGUGGCUAUUCGUACGGGGCGGGUGGUGGCUCUGAGUUGGGUGGUUCCUUUUACGACGAUUCUAUCAACGCCUCCAGCAGCCUCGGCAUGGGUGGCUCGCUGGUCGACGACAACGGCGAAGCGAUCAAGAUCGUACGGAUGCGCAAGGAGGAGAUCAUCAAUUGUGUGUGCAAGUUCACGGAGGAAGAUGGCCUCAUGGUGCAGUGCGAUAUCUGCCUGUGCUGGCAGCACGGAGUCUGCCAGAACUUUUUCAAGGACACUGAAGUGCCGGACACGUACGUGUGCAGCAUCUGUCGCAAUCCGUACCGCGUUCGUCCGUCGAAACGGUACGUACACGAUCAGGACUGGUUGUACGAGGGGAAGCUGCCGGUGGCUCGGUAUCAUGCGGCCAAUUCGCGGCAUGCGCAACGCUUCGACAUUCUCAAGAACGCGCACACCCUGAACGGGAACUUGAUGGAGCUGAAGCGCUUCAUGCACAGUCUGCAGGUGAAGAUCAACAUCGCCGAGCGGAAGGACCAUCCGAAGAUGUAUCUUUGGUCGAAAAAGUGGGAAAAAAGCCCACCGCGCGCUGGAGACGCUGGUGAAAAGUUGCACACGGCGGAGGGUGGUACUGCGGAGCAGAAGCAAAUGCCACAGGUCCCGGUGCCGGAAGCGCCGAUCGAUCCGGCCGAAUGUCAGGCCAUUCUGCUCGAUCACAUUCAAAAGCAGCAAAACGAUGCGAGCGGCAGGUUGCAGGCGAUCGAGGCGCAGAUUAUUGGAUUGGAAGCAUACGACGAGAAGGCAGAUUUGCUGGAGUCACCAACGGCCAAAAACUACCCGAAAACCAAGCAAACCAUUCACAUGCUGCUGAAUGAUUUGAUGCAGCUGAAGAAGAUUGCCGCCAUCCAUACGGAAUUCAACGAACUGGCACAGGAGACGAAACCACAAGCAGAGUGAAUACAUGUCCG